UCUGGAGUAACAGCUCUUCGACACCUGUUGUUCAGCCAGCGAACAGAACACGACACACUGAAUUGGCACAGGCUGGACUGGUUCACAUCCACUCUGUCUUAUCAUCAGUGCGCUCAAGCGUCCGACACACAAAGGCUUGUUGUGUAACUGAAUGAGCGCUUUACUGGUGCCCUGUGUAAAUACGUAUUAGGGGUCAAUGGUAGGAGUUGUUAUGUUCAUUAAGACAUUCUUGUGCGGAUUGAGGCAGAGGGAGAGCUUUACAUAAUUACGUUCAUGCUUUUUCACGUGAAAUGCUCCUUUAAAAGAAGGCUUCGUUUGAACACACUGAGGCACAUCGCGCGCACGAGAGGACUGUAAUUCUGCACACUUUGGUGUCAAAAUUGCGUUCAAAAUGGUAACGUCGUAUCCUUUACCGGAGGGAUUCUCAGAGUUCGAUGUGUUCUCCCUGGGAUCUUGUCUGCUCGUGGAGGGUCUCCUCGGGUUCUUCCUGAAUGCUGUCACCGUUGUUGCUUUUCUUAAAAUAAGAGAAUUACGGACUCCAAGUAAUUUUCUCGUGUUCAGUCUGGCCAUGGCAGAUAUGGGUAUUUCUAUGAACGCCACUGUCGCUGCGUUCUCAAGCUUUCUGAGAUACUGGCCCUAUGGAUCAGAUGGAUGCCAGACUCAUGGCUUUCAGGGCUUUAUGACUGCUCUUGCCAGCAUCCACUUUAUUGCAGCCAUUGCUUGGGACAGAUACCACCAGUAUUGCACAAGGACAAAGCUGCAGUGGAGCAGUGCCAUCACCCUGGUUAUCUUCAUCUGGCUCUUCACUGCCUUCUGGUCCGCCAUGCCUCUGAUUGGCUGGGGAGAGUAUGACUACGAGCCCCUGAGGACCUGCUGCACACUAGACUACAGCAAGGGUGAUAGGAACUACGUGUCUUACUUGAUCCCCAUGGCCAUCUUCAACAUGGGCAUUCAGGUGUUUGUCGUGCUGUCCUCCUAUCAGUCCAUUGAUAGGAAAUUCAAGAAAACUGGCCAGGCUAAGUUCAACUGCAGCACUCCUCUGAAGACCAUGCUGUUUUGCUGGGGUCCCUAUGGUAUCCUAGCUUUCUAUGCUGCUGUGGAGAACGCAACCCUUGUCUCUCCUAAACUGAGAAUGAUUGCACCCAUUUUGGCCAAGACAUCACCUACUUUCAACGUCUUUGUUUACGCCCUCGGAAACGAGAACUACAGGGGAGGAAUCUGGCAGUUGCUUACUGGUCAAAAGAUUGAGACUCCUGCUAUUGAGAAUAAGUCCAAAUAAACUGAGCAUAUGAUAAUAACAGUUAAUGUCCUGGUAGUUUCUAACAGGUAUGACACAUGUGGUAUGGCUUUGUGUGCUUACGUUAUCCUAGCUUUAUUUUUGUGGACUGUCUGUGGACAUGAGUUUGGAGUCUGUGUUUGUUGUAUAGUUUGGUCUAAGUUUAAUAUAGGAGAUUUCAACAUGUAAUACAAUUUCUAAACUGAUAUUUUGAUAAAGCACAUAAGCUGCUCCUAAUGGAAAUGUUACAGAACGGGGUCCAAUUUUAUCCGUAUCAUUACAAAGCACGUGUAAGAAGAGAAUUUUUGGCCAUCAAUCAAUAAGGUUUAAGCUCCUUCCAUAUAUAUGGUUCUGAAUGGAAACAAUCAGGAAUCAUAUUUUUGAGGUUGCCAGUGAACUGUUCAGAUUUUUUGAUUGUAUACAGUAUAAGUGCUGUUGCACUGUACAUCAAACAGCCGUUUAAAUGCUGCAAUUAGUGGAAAAAAAAAUGUGGCGGCUACUAAAAAAUAUACAGAAAAAGUUCUUUUUCCAUUGCUACAGUAUGUUAAUUUAGUUAAUGUUAACCAAAAAGCACAGUUUGGCACACACAGAAAAUAAAGUGUACUUUAUUUUCCACAUAGGGAAAUCACUUGCUAUGAGAUAAGGUCUACAUCCAGCUUAUGAGACAGAAUUAGGCGAGCAACAUUUUCUAAUCCCAGAAACAACGGUGCUUUUCAUGAAAACACAUUCCCCAGUGCACAAGAUUAGUCAAAAGAAAAAGAUUAUGCACAAGACUUACUGCAAUUGGAAAUGUUCUGUCUGGUGAUCCCGUUUUCCCUUCUGCAUAUUCUGUCUCCAUUUCAACAUGAAUCAUUCUGGCGUCUGAAAAAGAAAGAAUUCAUGCCAAAUCAUUUCUUUAUGGAGGUAUUUUGUACACUGUAAGAAAAAAGUUGUCAGGCAAAAAUGUGAAAAUGUGUUUUAUGUAGUGGUUAAUCUAAAUGAACCAGUUUUUAAUAAUUAAAAAGUAUUAAAAAUAUUUAUAGUUUUCAUUUUUUAAAUUGUGCAUAACAGUAAUAUCAUUACGUAGACUGAAUAUUACAAGACAAUAGCAUAAUAAUGAAAAGUAAUUUUGCAACCCAAAGGGUGAAAUUGCAUAAUGUGCAUAUUUUUAGCUCAACAGAGUUUACUUUAGAAGCCAGAAUUUGAAGAAUUGUAGACUACAAUGUACACAAAUACAAAUAUGGGUCAUUUUCAGAAAGAUAAAAUUCAACCCAUUUUACACAUUUGUACUAGAACAAAUACUACUUAACAUCUCCAUAAAUACAAAUGAAAAAGUAUAAUAUGCUGACAGAAUGGAAAGAAAUACAAUACCAGUUACCAAUUGUGUGUUAGAUAAGUAAACAGAAUAUGUAUAAAUUAUUUUUCAGAAAUGCCUGAACAUUAUAGUAUCAACAACUAGUAAAACCUAAGGAUGCAUAUGAAAGAUAUACAAAGUUCUGUCAUGAAACUCUAGAUGGCGCAGGCUAAUACUUUCUUUAACUCAACCUGCUCGUAAUCACAUCGUUAUCUAUAGGGCACAGCUAAUUGGUUCCUGCUGUAUCAAUAGCCACUAAGCUUGCGUGCUCAACUUUUAAAUAGUUGGCUAGCAUUUGCCUUAGCAGUGCAGCGUGCUUUCAGAAACACCUCCACCUUCCCCAGCUCCUCCUGUAUAGAUCUGCUACGGGUAAUUCAUGUACACUAUAUUGUACAGCAGAAGCAUGUCUUACUUGCUCUACAGCAGCAGCAAUAACCUACAGCAAUAAAAGCAGCAGCGUAGCAGAUCUAUUCUGCCAAGACAAAACAUAUCAACAUUGUCAUACCCAUUACCAUGCCAAACACCCCAAGAGUUGUCAUGACAGAAAUACUUUUCAAUGAUUGUGUAAGUGACAUGCUAAAUAACAAAUGAUAGAUAACUGUGUACCCUGACAACAUGUCUCUGCAGUGGUUCAAUGUGUCAUUUGUCAUUCUAGAAUCAGACUAGUCUUUAAAAGUGCUUGUGUCCACUUUAAGGUUGACUCCCUCAAGUGCACUUGAAAUAACCUGUGAAUAGUGUGCAAAGUUGUCAUGUUCAAUGGAUGUGUUGUCAUCAACACCUGAUUUGUAUAUCUCAGCCAAGAUGCACAACAGUGAAAUAAACAUUGCUGGCUACA